AAAACUAUGGAUUCACUUCCUCUAAAUUCUACCGGAUAAGCUUGGUACUUGGCCACAAAUCUUUCAUGGAGAAAACAGUACACAUAGCAGUAGUUCCUGGUCCUGGCUUUAGCCACUUGGUCCCAAUUCUUCAGUUCUCCAAGAGACUUGUUCAGCUCCAUCCAAACUUUCAUGUCACAUGCCUAAUUCCCACACUCGUGUCUCCCCCAAGUGCCUCAAUAUCCAUCCUUCAAACUCUUCCACCAAACAUCAACACUAUUUUUCUUCAACCGGUGAAACCUGAGGACCUACCACAAGGGGCUACCAUAGAAACUCAAAUUCAGCUCAUAGUGGCUCUCUCUAUGCCCUCCAUACAUCAGGCCCUGAAGACCUUAACUUCAAGGACUCGCUUUGUGGCCUUGGUGGCUGAUUCUUCUGCCUUUGACGCAUUAGAUUUUGCUAAGGAGUUCAACAUGUUGUCCUAUAUUUACCUCCCCAUAUCAGCAACAACACUUUCUUGGUACUUCUAUGUGCCCAUGUUGGAUAAGGAGACAUCAUGUGAGUACAGAGAUUUUCCUGAGCCUAUUAAAAUACCAGGUUGUGUACCAAUUCAUGGCCGGGAUCUCAAUAACAUAGUUCGAGAUCGAUCAAGUGAAGUUUAUAAAACCUUUCUCCAACGUGCUUGGCGAUUCCGUUUUGUUGAUGGUGUCUUAAUGAAUACCUUCUUAGAAAUGGAAACAAGUCCUAUUAGAGCAUUGAAAGAGGAGGGAAGAGGGUACCCUCCUGUGUAUCCUGUUGGACCAAUUGUCCAAAGUGGUGGUGAUGAUACAAAAGGGUUGGAGUGUGAAACAUGGUUGGACAAACAGCAAGUUGGUUCUGUCUUGUAUGUUUCUUUUGGGAGUGGUGGAACACUCUCACAAGAGCAAAUCAAUGAGCUUGCUUGUGGUUUGGAAUUGAGUAAUUAUAAGUUCUUAUGGGUUGUGAGAGCACCAAGCAGUUUAGCCAGUGAUGCAUAUCUUAGUGCACAAAAAGAUGUUGAUCCUCUGCAUUUCUUGCCAUGUGGGUUUUUGGAGAGAACCAAAGAGAAAGGUAUGGUUGUUCCUUCAUGGGCACCCCAAAUUCAAGUCCUUAGUCACAGCUCAGUUGGAGGGUUCUUGACUCACUGUGGCUGGAAUUCAAUCCUUGAGAGAGUGCUAAAGGGUGUGCCAUUCAUCACAUGGCCACUGUUUGCGGAGCAGAGAAUGAAUGCGGUUCUGCUAUGUGAGGGUCUCAAAGUGGGAGUGAGGCCAAGAGUUAGUGAAAAUGGCUUGGUGCAAAGGGAAGAAAUUGUGAAGGUGAUAAAGUGUCUGAUGGAAGGGGAAGAAGGUGGGAAAAUGAGUGGAAGAAUGAAUGAGUUAAAAGAAGCUGCUACUAAUGCACUCAAAGAAGAUGGAUCUUCUACAAAGACCCUUUCUCAAAGAAGAUGGUCUACAAUGAUUCUUGGCACCAAUGGAUGUUACAUGUAAAAUUCUGAUCUAGAAUGAGAUCAUCACCAUGUUUAUUUGCAAUUUUGUUUGUAAGAUUUGCUUACUAAUAAAUUUCAUUGGUUGCCAUUUGCCAAUGAUUUUGCAUA